CUGUUCUCUUCUCCUCUCGGCUCGCCUCGGAUCUGCUGACGUGUCGGCAGCGGCUCCGUGAUCAACAGCUGCCAGCAUGGCUGCACCGAAGCCCUGCUUUUAUUAUGUUUUUACGCUUGUUCUGUACGCGUGUUUUCCUCGGAGCAGCGCGGAGCGGCGCUUCUCGGACCUGAAGCGAUGCGCCGAUGAAGAAUGCAGCAUGCUUCUCGGCAGAGGGAAGGCCGCCAAGGAUUUCACAGGGCCGGACUGCCGGUUUCUCUCUUUUAAGAAAGGAGAGACGAUAUAUGUAUAUUAUAAACUCUCAGGGCAGAGAUCGGAUGUGUGGGCUGGUAGUGUUGGGAACCACUUUGGUUAUUUCCCAAAGGACUAUCUUAAUAUAAAUCAUAUAUAUACUGAUAAAGAAUUGGAGGUACCUACAGAGGAAACUGAUUUUGUUUGCUUUGAGACUGGGCUCGAUAAGUUUGAAAGCUAUGACAUAGAUGUGUUAUUAGGCAGCACAUUGUUGCUAGAAAAUGAGAAUUCAACAGAAGAAUCAAAAGAACCAGCUCAGAAUGAAGAUGCAUCUGAAAUGAUGACGACAGAAUCAGUGGAGACUCUUGAAUCAGAGUCAUUAGAUUCCGAAUCAACAUCGAUUCUUGAAUCAGAGUCAUUCGAUUCAGAAUCAAAGGAGAUCGUUUUCACUUUACGACAGAAAUAUUCAGCGGCCAGUGACAGCACACCGUUGGUCAAGGAAGAACUGCUUGCAUCUGAAACAGAUGAAAAAGUCGACUCUGAAGCGGUGAAGGCUUUGGACAGUGACAUCGAAAUGACCGAACCACCCAAGAGUCCUGAAACGCACGAGGAGCAGAAUGAAUCUGAAGUGAUUCUGAAUUCUGAAUUAAAUAUGAACGAAGAUUUGUCUCGCACUAAAGACGUGGGUCUGGAGGAGGACGGGGGCCAUUUCAACAGAAAUAAAGAUGCCCAGAUAGGGUUUGAAGACACUGAGGAGAUUCAAAAGGGGCCUCAUGCUAUUUUGGAGAACCCAGUAGACAUCGGCUUUCAUUUUAAAGUGGAUCCAUCUUCAGGCUCACUGGAGUCUCCAAGUGUCUCUGAUUUCCACGACACUGAAGCAAGCAGUGAUUCCUCCAGCUCAUCAACUUCACAUGAGCUUUGGGGUUUUGUGCUUCUCGUCAAAGAAUAUCUUGGAGUGUACGGAGAAAUUGUGAUCACUGCUCUUCCGGAGGAAUGGCGACCGGGUCCCAAUUUCCACGGAGUCCCCUGGGAGCCGGUGGUUGCUACGGUGGUUGCCGGGGCCCUCACAGUACUGAUGUUCUUCUGGAGGACCGUUCUUGCUGUAAGAAUCACUUUUAAUUGGGAGUUAACUGAAAAGCAGCUUCGAGACAAGAUCCAGCAGCUUCUCAACGAGAAAUCUGAUGCUGCUAACAAGAUCACAGAAUUAAACGGCAUGAUAAAAGAGCGCGAAGAACUGCUGAAGAACUCUGAGAAAUCACUGAGUUCCAGCCAACAAGAAGUGAAAGGGCUGAAGAACCGUCACCAGAAGCUCCAGAGCCAGUGGGAGCAGAUGUCUGGGAGCGUUUCACAGCUCAACCAGAAAAUAGUGGACACGCAGGAAGAAAAUUCAAACCUUAAUGAGAAGAUUGCCAAAAUGCACCAGAGAAUCGAGAAAUACCAGAAAACACUGAAGAGCUAUGAUGAGGAGCGUGCAAAGGUUCAUGUCCUCAUGGAUGAAGCCAAACUCCGAGAAGAUGCUCUUAAGGCUCAGGUUCUGUCCUUUGAGAAAGAAAACGGUGCUUUAAAAGAGCAGAAGAAAUCUCUCCUCCGUGAUGCUAAAGACUGGCAGGAGAAGCACAAGAAACUGAGCGAGGAGAUCCGAGUUUACCACAAAUCCCAGAAAGAGCUGGAAGACUCUCUGGUGCACAAGGAGAAUGAGAUUGAUGUUUUGUCCAGCUGUAUUGCAGAGCUCAACCGUCUGGGAGCCGGUGAUCCUGCAGAACUACAGAAAGAUGAUGCUAAAAUGUCUAAUGGAGAAGAUGCUGAGAAGAAGAUGGACAGCAUGAGACUGCGAAUCAAACAGAUGAUGGACGUCUCCAGGAUUAAAGCGACUCUCGGUGUUGUUGAAGACGAGAGGAAUCGCUACAUGGAAAGUCUCCUCGCUGAACAGAAAGCCAGACAGGAGCUGGAGGAGCAAUAUCAGAAGGUCAUGCAUGACCAGAUGAAUCUGAACAACGAGAAAACGCAUCUGGAGAACCACUUCAAGAACCUGCAGCAGAGGCUGGAAAUCACCACUGAACUCUACCAGCAGAAAGAGAACGCACUGCAGCAGAAACUGACUCAGGAGGAGCUGGAGAGACGCGAGAAGGAGUCGAAGCUGUCGGAGGUGGACAGUAAAGCUCUGCGCUCAGAGGAGGAGGUGAGAGCCCUCAAACAGAAGAUCAAGGACAUCGAGGACGAGAUGCAGCAGAACGAACGCUCUCUGAAGUCUGAGGUGGCAAUCCAGGAGAAGAAAGCCCAUGAGAACUGGUUGAAAGCCCGCACCUCUGAACGAACUCUGGUGGAGGAAAGGAGAGAGUCGGCCACCCUUCGUCAGAAGCUUGUGGAGUACGGAGAUAAAAUAUCAGACCUGGAGCAAAGUCUGUUCAAACUCAACUCUGGACCUCCAGAUCGCCACAUGCCGCCACAGAGAAGAGGUGACUCGUACGGGCCGUCUCCUGUGAGUGGGGGGGCUCCCUCUCCUCCUCUAAUGAUCGAGGGUCCCGGACGCCCCCCCUCUGCACCUGUAGGGCGAAGGGGCGAACCGUUCGGUCCACGACCCCCGUCUGACCCUCACGGACGCUUCUCAGAGCUCGGACACCCGCUGCCCUCCAGACCAGAAAUGUUUCCUCCGAUGACUUCAUCUCCCUGUGCACAUGAUGGACCGAUGCAGACUGCACCGGUCAGUGAGAUGGCCGAGGCCUCCGGGCAGGUCUCGUCUGAGCCAGUAGAACCUGUGAGUACAGCGGCUGGGUGCUGGGAUGGAUGGGACGGCUUUGUGCACAGUGCCAGGUUGCUUUGUCAGCUGUUUUUGGGUCUUCAGAGCCUGAUUAAACACGUCUUUCUGUUCACUUUCUAAUCACUGUGUGUGUCUUGUGCUCGGAAUGUGGCGGAUGUUUAACAAAACUCAUGUUGGUGAGUGAGUUACAGCAUGUACAGGCCUGAAACACACUCUACACACAAGUGCAUGCAUGCAAAAUAGCAGUGCAAGAUUGAUUUGUUGUGAUUUCAUAAUGGAACACAACAAAACUUUAUCGGCCCCUAUAUGAGUAGUAAGGUAUAUUACCACCACAGUGACACAAGUGCAUGUUAAGUAUGUCCAAUUUAAUCGAAUGUAAAAUUAAAAUAAAUAAAUAGGGCUGCUCAAAUAAUGCAGCUUCAUCUCUGCAUGUCCUGCGAGUUUAACGUGCAUUUGGUAAUGCAACA